AUGCCACAACAUUGGCCUCCAGAGUUUUCUUUGAACUCCUGCCAUUCACCUUCUCUCCCAGGGAACUGUACUACCAAACCUGACUUGAUCUUCCAGUUGGAGCGAGGAGCAGAGCCAUGGAUGGUGGAAGAAUGCCUGAAUCAGAGCCUUUCAGGAUUGAAGCCUGAGGAAUGUAAUAAAUGUCACACUGUGUAUCCCCCCAGUGGGCCUGAUCAACUACAGGCUGGAGAGAAAUUUCAUAACACUAAGAUACUUGGAAAUUCUCUCCAGUUCUGUGAGCCUCUUGCUCAGCAUGACAAUAUCCACAUCACGAAGCAGCCAUUUGGACCCACUGCACAAGCAAAAGUCUUCACAAGGAAGAUGUUCUGUAAAUCUGAGAGGGUUCAUAUGGCAGAAAACCAUAAUAAAUCAACUGUCACUUUUGGAAAAUCACACCUCAUAAACUAUCAGCCAAUUCACACAGAAGAGAAACUUUAUAAAUGCCUUCAUUGUGGAAAAGGCUUUCUGUGGAAGUCAGUGCUGAUAGUACACCAGAGAAUUCACACAGGGGAGAAACCUCAUAAAUGUAAUGACUGUGGAAAAGCCUUUGGACGAAAGUCACACCUCCUCAUACACCAGAGAAUUCACACAGGGCAUAAACCUCAUGAAUGUAAUGACUGUGGAAAAGCCUUUACACAAAAGUCACACCUCAUCGUACACCAGAGAAUUCACAUGGGGCAGAAACCUCAUAAAUGUAAUGACUGUGGAAAAGCCUUUGGAAGAAAGUCAUGCCUCAUAGUACACCAGAGAAGUCACACAGGGGAGAGACCCUUUGAAUGUAAUGACUGUGGAAAAGCCUUUGGACGAAAGUCUUGCCUCAUAGUACACCAGAGAAGUCACACAGGGGAGAGACCCUUUGAAUGUAAUGACUGUGGAAAAGCCUUUGGACGAAAGUCAAACCUUGUAAUGCACCAGAGAAUUCACACAGGAGAGAAACCUCAUAAAUGUAAUGACUGUGGAAAAGCCUUUGGACGAAAGUCAGAUCUCAUAAUGCACCAGAGAAUUCACACAGGGGAGAGACUCUUUGAAUGUAAUGACUGUGGAAAAACCUUUGGACAAAAGUCACAUCUCAUUGUACACCAGAGAAUUCACACAGGGGAGAAACCUCAUAAAUGUAAUGACUGUGGAAAAGCCUUUGGACGAAAGUCACACCUCCUCAUACACCAGAGAAUUCACACAGGGCAUAAACCUCAUGAAUGUAAUGACUGUGGAAAAGCCUUUACACAAAAGUCACACCUCAUCGUACACCAGAGAAUUCACACAGGGCAUAAACCUUAUGAAUGUAAUGACUGUGGAAAAGCCUUUACAUAAAAGUCACACCUCAUCGUACACCAGAGAAAUCACACAGGAGAUAAACCUCUUAAGUGUAAUGACUGUGGAAAAGCCUUUGGACAAAAUUCAUGCCUCAUAUUACACCAGAGAAUUCACAUGGGAAUUCACACAGGGCAAAAACCUUAUGAAUCUAAUGAGUGUGGAAAAGCCUUUAUAAAUCAUAUGUCAUAA